AUGCUGAUCCAGCGAGCUUGCCGACCCCGCAUUGCUCCUCCAACAUGCGCACGACACUUCUCCACGACGGUCCAAGUACCGCAAACAAUCAUCGAUGCAGGCUGGCUCGAGCCCGUCACACGCUUAGCAAAUCAGUUUCUGCUCCUGCCUGAUGCCUUGCCCGCACACCCAAGCUAUGCUGCUCUCAUCAUCGCAGUCACGCUCGGCCUGCGAGCAUCCACCGGUCUGCCCAUGCUGUUCUGGCAAAGGAAAAGAAUCGCGAGGCUGACCGAGCACGUCGUACCUGCCAUGGAGCUUGCCAGACGAUAUGCCAUGACAGAUCUCGUGGCCGAAUGCAGGCGCAAAGGCUACAACCAUGCUCGAUAUACAGCCGUUGCUCAGUCCCACAUGCGCAAGAAGUUUCGCGAAUUGACCAAGAAGCACCAAUGUCGUCGUUGGCCGACAUUAUUGGGGCCCCUGGCUGUCAAUCUGCCAGUCUUGCUUGGCAACAGUGCUAUGUUGCGUCAAGCGUGUCUGAUAGCUCAUCCUCAUGGGCAGGAGAGUGCGACGAGCGGAAUGACAGAGCUACUGCCAAUAAUUACCGCAUCCUCAUCGCCAUCACCCCUGGCGACAGAGUCAUUUCUCUCGUGCCCUUCCCUCGUCGAAGUGGAUCCUACUAUGCUCCUGCCUCUCUGUGUCGGUCUGCUGUCACUCGCAAACGUUCAGUUCUCUGGCAUGAACAACCGCACCAUGAGAGCUAUGCAGAGGCUCGUCACCAGUAAGAGUGCGCCAAGUCCAACACCAGCACCAGCAACAGGCAGAUCGGCUUCAGCUCGGCGCUCACAGCAAUCAAACACCGCUCCCGAUGCGCGUAUAGCGAGAACAGAAGAGCUGCAAAUCGAGACGAGCAAGCGAGAGCGCCUGACCACGAAUAUCCUCAGUGUCGUCAGUCUGGCAGUCAUCUACAUUGCCGCGCAAGCCCCGGCAGCCAUCACACUCUGCUGGGCGACCUCUGCCCUGUUCGCGCUCGCCCAGAAUGUCUUCUUCGGUCUACGCGAUCGACGCAAGCUCCACGCGAAACUUUAUCAAUGA